AUUCUAUGUAACAAACUGAGAAGAAUAAAUUGUGGAAGUAUAUUUUGUUUUCUAAUUUCGUAACUUAGUCCAAAGAUUAUAUACUCGACUUAGUCGAAGAAAUGAAAAAAUAGAAAAAAUAAAACUUUUUGAAAAUACUUACUAUUCAAUUAUGUUUAUUCAGAUAAGUAGUUUAGUAAUUACGGGUUUAUUGUGGGGCUGGACAAAUCCAUUAAUUAAAAAAAAAUCUGAAGGGAUCGUCAAAAUUCAAGCAAGUAGCCGAAUAGCUCAAUUUAUUUUAGAAUUGAAGUUUUUAGCUACAAAUUUUGAGUACCUGUUUCCAUUGCUAUUGAAUCAAAUAGGGUCAGUAAUGUUUUACUUUACUAUAAAUAUUGCAGAUUUGACUUUAGCAGUACCGGUGGCAAAUUCUUUAGCAUUUGUUUUUACUGCUGUUUCUGGUUGGUUUCAUCAAGGGGAAUUGCCAAAUCUAGGUACGUGCCUAGGUGCUAUUUGUGUAAUAAUUGGCAGUGCAUUAUGUUGUAUAGGAAAAAUGUAAAUGGUUUCUCAGUUGUUGAGAAAUUUCAAAAAAAACAACAACCAUAAAAUUUUAUAUUGGACGAAUCAUCUACAAAAUAUGCGAUCGAUUAUUUUUCAUAAUAAAAUCUUGUUCUUUAUUAAGUUUGUCCUCUACACCCUCCAAAAUUUUCAGUAUUAUAUUAUGAACCGAUUAGUGAAUUAAAAGGUGGUCCAACUAUAAUGCACGAUAUUAAUUGUGAGUCGCACCUUAACGCAAAGUGCGAUAAAAAAUUCCGACUAAGUACUUCAGUACAGCAGCACUAGAUCUACGUGUUCAACGAGGAACUUCAGCACUUCAGAUAACUGUAAGUGCCAAGUUUCCUUAUUUUUAUUCCUUUUUUUUAUCUAUCCUUAUCAAACUCUGAGUAAGGAAGAGAUAAUCUAAUAAUUUUGAACAUAUAAUUUUAUGAACGAUUUAGAUAACUUUUAUAAAUUUUAUAAAUUAAACUUAUAAGAUAA